AUGUCUUCACUCGAGCUUCCUGUGAUCGGAGAAGUCAGCCAGUGGAGCGCCUCUGGGAACUGGAAUAAGUCAGGAGGAUCUAUCCUUUACUACGCGGAUGGAAGGAAUCCUAGGUUCUCAGACGUCAAUAUCCACCGUGCAAUCUGCUUGCCGUCUGGACUCGUGACCGCACUAGGAGAGAGAGUCAGAGACCCGCCGUGCUUUCCGUUGAAAAACUGCCUGGACGCAGUGAAAAGAAUAGGCACUCUGGUCCUCGGUACAGAAGCAUGGGAACGUGUUUCGAAAGGGGUCCACCUGAAUUCGAUCGUUCCACUCAUUAAAAGUUAUGUAUGGAGUUUCGAGUUCAGUUCCACUGGCAAGCAGAUUAAGCUCUGGAGGAAGUUCAUCUCUAUCCGACUGAGAUGGGACCUGCUAGUACUAGGCUCAGCGGAACAAUCUGCAGCCAGCCAGUAA